CGGGUCGCCAGUGGAGUGCGGUGUGGCGGGGUGGAGGCGCGGUGCUGCGAGGCGGGUACCGGCCCAGGUGCGGCGGAAGAGCGCGGAGGACUGAGCUGAGGGCGGCGGCACGAGCUGGAACUGGUUGUGACGCGCGUGGGCGGAGCAUAGCUUAGUACACACGGCGGAGAGAGAAACCACCUCGGAGUGCGCGUCACCGUAAGAGUUUGUCGACGUGCAGUGAGUGCCGUUGCGAGGCGGUGAGUGCUAGGGAAAAGCGGUGAGCGCCAGUGGUGAGAUGCUGUGACUGCUGGUGAGGAGCGCCGAGUGCUGGGUAGAAGCGGUGAGCGUGCGAAGCCCGAGUGUCCGCGGUGAGAAGCGGUGAGACGUGUCCUGCGCAAGUGAGAAGCGGUGAGCAUCCACCGUCAGCCGAUAUCGACCGAGCUGCCCCAGCGAACGAAAGACGUCCACAGCCACUGCUGGAACUGGCGCUGGUCCUGAAGCCGAAGCUGGAGCUAGAGCUGGAGCUGGAUCUGGAUUUGGACGUGCAACAGCGACCGGGCCCUGCCAGCGCGACAGAAGGCCCGCCACAGCCAGGAUGGACUCGACGGACGCGCAGGCCGCCGUGGACGGCAUCUUCGGCGCCGGGCGCGCGCAGGUCGUGGACGUUCAGACCAGCACCGUCGUGCGCGAGGAGGAGGUCAUCUUCAUCAACGGCGUGCAGGUCAAGCUGAUCGGCGACGAGGGCGCCGCCAUCCGCCACGCGCUCACCACCGGCACCGUGCCCAACCCGGGCGUGCUGAGCCAACUCCUCGUGCGCAAUGGUAUCCUGAACUUCCGCGCGGCGGCGUUCCGCGGCGCCACCGUCGAGACGGCGCUGGACGUGAACACGAGCGUGACGACGCGCGACACUAUGCUGGUGCACCAGCAGGGCCGCGUGGUAGACCGCCGCAGCCAGCAGAGCCGUGCGCAGUGCCACCACGCCAGCAGCAGCGUUGACGUGCUGCGCGGCGGCGUGUCGCGCCUGGCCGUGGACGCGGACGUGGACGUGCGCGGCGGCUGCGGCACGUGCGGCCUGGAGGGGCGCACGGACGCGCGGCAGGCGACGCUGUACGCGCGCGAGAAGGGCCCACCAGCGGCCAAUGACUCGGGCUACAUUAAUGGGGACUCGGAGGGCAGCUCGUGCGGGGAUGGCGUACACAGCGGCGGCGGCUCCUUCUGCGGCGAGGGCAAGCCCACCAUUUUCGGCACGGUGACUGGCGGCGGCGGUCAUGUGACGGGCGGCGGCAGUCACGCACCUGGAACCGACCACGAUGACGGCCGUCACGCCAACGGAACAGUCACGCACGGCCACUGUCACGCACCGCACGUGGAGGCGGGCGUACGUCGUGGUCGCUCUGCUCCGGGCCACAUCAACGGAGGCAGCCCGCGCUCCUCCUCGUCGGACCACUCGACGGACAAGGUCACCGUCCACUCGCCCGACGUCAGCGACAAGCAGCUGCACUACAAGAACGGCGACCUGAUUUCGGGCAGCCUGGAGGAGCUGAUCCGGCAUUUGAUUCCGACCAGCAGCCACUAUCCGGACAGGGCCUACAUCUUCGCCUUCCUGCUGUCGGCACGGCUGUACAUCCGCCCUCACGAGCUUCUGGAACGUCUGGCAGGCGUCACGAGAACUGAGGCGGCAUCGCCGGAACAGAGGACCCACAACGCCAAGGUGGCGACGGGUGUUCUCCAGCUGCUCUCAGAGUGGUCGGACACCUUCCCGUACGACUUCCGCGACGAGCGAGUAAUGGCCCAAGUCCGUGUCAUUUCGCAACGCUGCAUCCAGGCCAACCCAGACCUGCAGCGGGAGGUGCGCGUGGUGCUGCAGAACCUGCUGGACAAGCUCACCUGUCUGGAGAAGUACGAAGACUAUGUGGAGAAGCUGAACACGGAGGCGGUGAAGCUACAGAACAGCACCAAUGUGACGGAUAUCAGCGAGGUGUGCCCCUCGCCGCUGGUGCUCUCCCAGCAGCUGACCCACAUAGAGCUGGAGCGUCUCUCCUACAUCGGGCCCGAGGAGUUCGUCCAGGCAUUUGCUAAGGAGUCGCCUCGCAUUGAGACCGCCUAUAAAGACCUGAAGACGACGAAGAACCUGGAGAACUACAUCCAGUGGUUCAACAGGCUCAGCUACAUGGUCGCCACCGAAGUCUGCGCGCACGUCAAGAAGAAGCAGCGCGUUCGACUGAUCGAGUUCUGGAUCGAAGUCGGUCGCGAGUGCUUCAACACCGGCAACUUCAAUUCCCUCAUGGCGAUCAUCGCCGGGCUGAACAUGUCGCCCGUCUCUCGGCUGAAGAAGACGUGGUCCCGCGUGGACAGCUCUCAGCUGUCGGUCCUGGAGCAGCAGAUGUCGCCGUCCUCAAACUUCCUCAGCUACCGGAGGACGCUGCAGGCGGCUAUGUGGCGGUCCACCAACUCCGGCUGCUGCUCAGACGGGCGACAGCGCAUAGUCAUCCCGUUCUUCUCUCUGCUGGUCAAGGACCUGUACUUCCUCAACGAAGGAUGCGCUAACCGGCUGGUGGACGGACACAUCAACUUCGAGAAGUUCUGGCAACUGGCCAAGCAGGUGACCGAGUUCAUCGCGUGGAAACAGGUCACGUGUCCUUUCGUCAAGGACGCCAAGGUCAUACAGUACCUGAUGACGGGACCCGUAUACGACGAACACGCGCUUUGGCUCGCGUCAUAUGAGUGUGAGCAUCCCGAGAACAGCUUCGAGAAGGAUCGACUCAAAGUUCUCAAAUCAGAAAACAAUGCGACUUAGCGAAACAAGAUGGCCGACGCUGCAGCCGGCGGUCGCGUGACGCGCCGCGUGACGUCACUGGAGUACAAACGUCGCCGCCUGGCCGACCUCAGGAGUGAUUCUUUCCCAAAGCGUUGCCUUGGACACGUGCGCGCGGGUUGCGGCUGUGAGCGGUGAUUGGCUGCGCCGCUCAGUGGAGCUGUCGGCGGGCCUAUGAGUGGUUGUGGUCGGCUCAGUGCUCGACGCGGGACGCCCGCCGCGAAUGGCGCACGUGCUUUUGCUUCGCCUGAGGUCGCUGACAUUUUCGUGCUAGUCAUCGGUCGUGUUUGUCGCGUGCAAUACGUGCGGAUGGUUUUUGCCUGGUUUGCGCUGCCAUGGAGCCCCGAUGAGUCAAUCGGGCAGCCUGCUGUCUGCAUUCCAGCGCUGCCGACGGCCAUAUUGUUUGAGCGUUUGUAUUUCUCAGUCGCGUUUCUGCUCGACCAGGUGCUUGGUCAGCUGGCGCUUCUGCCUGUGCUGUCCAGAACGUAUUUUUUCGAUGUUGUCAGUGCCAAUAGACCGGGUUGUUGCCAAUCCGUAUGCCGUAUGUCACGAUUCAGUAGCGAAUUGCGAUCUGGAAUGACACUGGAGCGGAACACACGCCAGCGGUUGCGGCCAUUGACUUACAGCAAGUGAAUAACAGCAGCGUUUUGUGGAUGUCCCAGUUUUAACGAGCCGGAUAUGUUUCCAAUGCGUCGGGUAGCUAUGUCGACAGCUUUGGCAACGCAAGAAACGGGAUUCGAAGUGUUUUGGUUGGUCUAUUUUGAAAUAUUAGCAAAUCAAUAUUCUCGCAUACCUUCCUGCGUACUGGCUUCGUAUUUAUCAUGUCCUAUGAGUGCGUCAUGUCUUUAAACCUAUAUGCAGCGUACACGUCGUAGUGUAUUUAAAUUAUGAGCGCGUAUUAGAUAUACAUAUUUGCAUUCCUUCCGCCUUGUGUUGUACCUGUGGCUGCAGUUGUUUGUGGGCUCUGCUGUCCACUCCCAGCGAUUGCAUACCCUUUGUCCCGUGGGAAGUAAAGCUCUUUGUUUGCGUUGUCACGGGAAUCUUUUGUGAACGUUUGCAGCAUUAUUGGUGUCAUUGCCGUGUACUUUUGUACAUAUUGACCAAAUACACAUUGCUGAUUGUGAU